AUGGACAUCGACGCGGUGUACCAGAAGUACGUGGCGUGCAUUCUCGAGGACGUGAGGGCCAUCCACGGCAAGGAGAUGGUGGCCACGGGCAGCCCGUCCGUGUUCUGUUCGGUGUUGCCCGGCCACUGGAGGUCCAAUAAAUCUCUGCCCAUACCGUUCAAGGUGGUCGUGCUGGACGAAGUUCCCGACGGCGCGGUAGUCGUCGUGCAAGCCGGCAACGACGAGAAUCCGUCGGCCGACAUGCGAAACUACCGAGCCCUGUCGGCCACCGGCAUCGCCGUCUUCAACGACCUCCGAUUCGUCGGCCGCAGUGGGAGAGGUAAGCUGUUAACACUCACCAUCACAGUUCAAUGCAAGGACCAAGCAGUGUUAGUAGCCAACUACGUAAAGGCCAUUAAAAUCACUGUCGACGGACCAAGGCUCCCUCGGUCGAACCACAGAGACGUGAUCCACGGUUACGGUGGCAUGUUCCCAAUGCACGGUCCCCUGCCGCCUUACGGCAUGAUCAUGGAGUACAAACGAUUGCUGGAGGGAGCAGCGUUACCGGGGUCUCUCAACUACCAGUACAUAGCGGCCAAUUACUUCCAACUUCACAACGCCAUGGAAGCGUCGCAGAUGUAUUGCGACUUACCGCCCCAGUCGGCGUUCAACUUCGCCGGCUACAACGGCCUGCACGGUUUGCCGCCCACGCCACCUCACACCGAGGAAGAACCGACGGCGACCACACCGGCGGCGCAGGACGACUGCGGCGUUCCGUCGAAGCGACAGCGACAGGCCGCCGAAUCGGCCCGCGCCGUGGCCACUGCGACGGCGGCCGCGGCCGCAACCGCCACCACCACCGGCCCGGACGACCGACUCCGGCCGGUGCCGUGCAAGCGGCCGAAGCGCGAAUCGGCCCCCAGCCCGGACAUCGACAUCGUCAGCGUGGGCGUCGUCCGAUCGUCCAGCCCGGAAGUGCAGCUCAAACCCCGCCAGGAAAAGAUCUGGAGACCUUACGGCGCCACCGACGAAUAG